AAUAGAACGCCUGAAGUCCGCCCAUUUCCCUGACCUUUGCAUUUGUCCGAUCAUUAUAAGUAACCGUCCUCAGUCCCUAACCCUUACAUACUCCCAGUUGUUAAUUCGCGGUUCAUCGGAAUCAUCGCAAAAUGGCUCCGAUUGCUGUUGGGGAUUCGUUGCCGGAAGGGACAGUGGCCUACUUUGAUGAAAACGAUCAGCUUCAACAAGCGUCCGUACACUCCCUCGUCGCCGGUAAGAAGGUGGUUCUCUUUGGAGUACCCGGUGCCUUCACUCCCACUUGCAGUACGAAGCAUGUGCCGGGCUUUAUUGAGAAAAGUGGAGAUCUUAAGGCAAAGGGUGUCAAUGAUAUUCUACUUAUUAGUGUCAAUGACCCCUUCGUGAUGAAGGCCUGGUCCAAGACUUACCCUGAGAACAAGGAUGUCAAGUUCCUUGCUGAUGGCUCUGCAGCAUAUACACAUGCUCUCGGUCUCGAGCUCGAUCUUUCAGAAAAAGGGCUUGGCAUCCGGUCCAAGCGGUUCGCUCUCUUAGUUGAUAACCUCAAGGUUGUAGUUGCAAAUAUUGAGUCUGGUGGAGAAUUUACCGUCUCCAGUGCUGAGGACAUCCUCAAGGCUCUUUGAUUGCAUCCAUCUUUCAUUUGUAUGCAUACUUCUUGCAUCCCAGGCCGCUCAUUGAUCAUCGUGACAGUGGGCGACCUUCUAUCCAAUUGUUGUCUUUUGAUGUUGUUAGAUGUUUAAGGCUACCCUCAUAUGAAUAAUGAAAGAUGGUGCUGUUGCUUGUUCCAUUUCUCCGAACUUCUGGUUAACCGAAGUGUGUGUUGAACUUGGCUUAGUGUCAGGCUGAUGUCGCCCUGUUUCCAGGAAAUUGUGGUGAUAAAGUAACAACAUUUUUAGUUAAUCAGACAUGCAGGGCAGCUUUUUGAUUCA